UUUAAACUGUUAAAAUUUUGAUUUGUUUUUGAAAUAAAUGAUUUUCUUCGCUAGUUUCUUAUAAAAUUCUUCAAUUAUUUCUUAGUUUUGCAGAUUUUCCCAAAACUUAGAUUUUAUAAAUAACUUUAAAUAUGACCCUCGAUGAAGAUAUUCUCGCCUUCGAGGUGUGGGCAACAAAAUUGGGUUUCCCACAAAAAGAUAUGCCAAGUAGAGAGGCUCUUCGAUCAAUUUUCAAAUCACCACGACAAAGAGAUAUAUUCUGUAACGUUCUCGAGCGGGUCAAACCCCGCCAAGAAGUCCAAGAAAUCCGUGAAAAUAUCCUCAUACGAAAAAUGGAUAAACUCAAGGAUCAAGUUGUCCCAGCCUGCAGUAGAAGCUUCCUCCCUAAGGAAAUGCAGCGUUAUCUCAAAGUUAAAGACCUCAAACAACGAAAAACCGAAUUGGAAGCCAAAAACAAUGAAUUAACGUCUCAAUACAAUUCUCUAGCAAAUUCCAUUAAAACCAAGAACAUGCAAACAAUAAAACUAAAGCAGAAACUCGAAUGUCUUCAAGCUAAAGUCGAUAUGCUCGACUUGAAAAGGGAUAAAUUGAAGAGAGACUUGGAUAAGGAAAAGUCCAACAAAGAGCGUAUAAUCGCCACGAUGCCAGUUAAAUUAACUUCAUCCAAUGCCAAUGAAAACGUUGCAGCAAAUGCCGUUGAUGAAGCCUUCAAGGAACUUGAUUCUUUCUACACUUUGGUCUUGAACAAUUCAAAUCCUCACAUAGUUCAAGAAGCCAAGGACGAUAUGUGGCGUAAGAUGCGAAAACUCUUCGCCAACAUCCCGAACUUCCUUAUUUUCAAUUCGAUUCUCAAAGUAAAAGAAGAACAACUCCAGAACAUCAUGACUCUAAACAAAAUCCCCAAAGUACCCUUUAAGGAAAACCUCAGUGCAUUCGAUGUGAAAUUGCUCAAGGCCAAGGCAUCCCUUCUCGGCAUGGCCGCCAACUACAUGUCCGCCCGCCAAGAAAGCCACUCCCUCAACCAACGCUUCUCCGCCGCAUACACGCAAUUCGUCGAAGCCGUCCAAUGCAAAGUCAAUCUCUUCAACAUCGACACCGGCGAAGAUGUCGAUGAUAUAAUUUCCAAUUACAUCGUUCAAUAUAACACACGAGUUUUCAACAAGGGCCGAAACGACUACAUCACCGGCCAGAUCGAGCUUAGCAAAGCUCAAAUCGAAUCCGGCACAAAACAACUCGAAGACCAUGAAAUUCUUCUCAAUUCCAUAAAACAAGUCUAUACGGACACAGAUAGUUCGAUAAAUCGCAUCCAAUACGAAGUAAUGCAGCUACACCAAAUGAAGGAAAAGAUUCUAUUUUCGAAGAACAUGCUGCACCAUCUCCUCGGAGAUAUGCAACUCGAACAAUCACACUAUUUGCCAUCGGUGAUGAUGAAAAUGAGUGGCAAUUUCAUGACCGCCAGUGGGGAUAGUAAUAGUACUUUCGAUAUCAGCGCAGGCAACGUGUUCAGUAGCACGAAAUUGGAUUUCGAAUCGACAUUGAAUAGUAGCUGUGCUAUGUUGGCGCGGUCUGGCGAUGUGACUAUCCUGCCGGGGGCCACACACUCUCGAUACAUAUUGCCACCGAUUCUCACUGAAAUUUGCACCUUUAUGGAGACUCCAUUUGAGAAAUUCAGUUGUGUUACUAAGGAAUGUGCCUUCCACUUGAUGCCUAAUCCACUCAUAACUGAAUCACAUGAGUUAUCAUCGACGAUUCAGUUGGCACCGGGCUUACUCCUUACACCACAUGGCUGCUUGCAGGAGGUCAAUAAUCGAGUAGCGUGGUCCGAUGCGAUUAGUGAUAUUUCAUCUGAGUUGAAAAUUAAUUCGAUUACCAUCAGUACUGGUGUGAGUUCAGCAAGUAUGAGAGCAAAGAGUAAGCAGCAAAGGGAGCAGUUGGUGGAGUUGUUGGAUAAAAUCGAAGUGGCCGACAUAAAUACGAAUCGAUUGCUUAAAAAAGCAACAAAAUAUUAUAGUUUCCUGCUGAGGAAUCCAUUGAAGAAUUAUAUUCCCCCAACGAAGUGCCUCAAUAAUCAAACUUUCUCGGAUUAUGAAUCAGAAUAUCAAACCUACUAUCGCAUGGUAACAAUGGGAAACUUCAUAAAGUAAUCCAGUUCUAGUUCCAGGUCCAGUUUCAAGGAUAUUGGAUUAUUAUUAUUAUUGUGCAUUGAUUUCUCUCGAGGUCUUUUUUUAUAUGUUUCCAUUUGAUUUUUCUAUUUUAUUGGCUUCUUCUUUUAAAGGUAUUUCUUUUGUAAAGGAAACAUUUAAGAUUGUGAUGUUUUGUUUUCUUAAUUCAUUUUUGUUGUAAGUUGAUGUAUUCGGUGAAAGAUAGCUAAUGUAAAAUGUUAAAAAUAAUAAAAUUAAUUCUUCACUUUUACUUUAAA